CUCGGGGGCAAACCCUUGUACUGUCGUCUUCGCCUCGCUUUCCCCACCGUCUCCGACGAGCCGAAGCAACCGGGGCUUCCGUUCUCCGACGAGCAGCAGCGAGCCCGGGGGAUAGGCCAGUGGGGGCAGGCGAGCAGGAUGCAGGUCAAGCAGAAGGUGUACGAGCUCUACAAGGGGACGGUGGAGCGGGUCACGGGCCCGCGCACCGUGUCGGCGUUCCUCGAGAAGGGCGUCCUCUCCGUCCCCGAGUUCAUCCUCGCCGGCGACAACCUCGUCUCCAAGUGCCCCACCUGGUCAUGGGAAGCGGGCGAUCCGAGCAAGAGGAAGCCGUAUCUCCCUCCCGACAAGCAAUUCCUCGUCACCCGGAACGUGCCUUGCCUCAGGCGCGCUGUCUCCCUUGAAGAAGAGUAUGACGCUGCAGGAGCCGAGGUAGUUCUUGGUGAUGAUGAGGACGGUGAAGGCUGGCUUGCCACACAUGGAGUGCAAGCAUCAAAGCCAGAAGAGGAGGAAGACAUACCCUCGAUGGAUACAUUGGAUAUAGGGAAAACUGAAGGGAUAAAGCCUAUCCCCUCAUACUUCAAUGCUGGUAAUAAGGCUGAAGAGGAGGAGGAGAUACCCGACAUGGACACUUAUGAAGACACAGGGAAUGAUCCAGUAGCUACUGCUCAACCUUCAUAUUUUGUCGCAGAAGAGCCUGAAGAUGACAACAUCCUUCGUACUAGGACAUAUGACGUUAGCAUCACAUAUGACAAAUAUUACCAAACUCCACGUGUAUGGCUUACUGGAUAUGAUGAGUCAAGAAUGCCACUAAAGCCUGAACUUGUGUUUGAAGAUAUCAGCCAAGACCAUGCGCGGAAGACGGUUACCAUUGAAGACCAUCCUCACUUGUCGGCAGGCAAGCAUGCUUCAGUGCAUCCAUGCAAACAUUCCGCUGUAAUGAAAAAGAUCAUUGAUGUUCUAAUGUCUCGAGGAGUUGAACCUGAAGUCGACAAGUACCUUUUCAUAUUUUUGAAAUUCAUGGCCUCAGUCAUACCCACCAUUGAAUAUGACUACACUAUGGACUUCGAUCUGGGCAGUACAAGCAGAUGAUUUGUUAAUUCAAGGAAUGUGAAAGAUCCUGUAGAAGGCCUAACAAGGCUGACCAUGAUGCCAAAUAAUCAAUUGCUUGUUGGGAAGAUUUGUACAUGCAAGAUGUGCAUCCAUGCGUGCUUAUUCGUUUGGAAAGUAACUGUAAAACUCUGCAGAAACCUCAAGGCUGAUCCGCCAUGUACAUGUAACACUAUAUGCACUGGUGUCACUUCAAUUCGUUUGCCUCCAGAUUGAA